UGGGACAAUGUGGUCUACAUCUUGGGUGGCUCACAGCUCUUUCCAAUCAAGCGUAUGGACUGCUACAACGUUCUGAAGGACAGCUGGUACUCUAAAUUGGGCCCACCCACGCCUCGUGACAGCCUGGCUGCCUGCGCUUCCCAGGGCAAGAUCUACACAUCUGGGGGCUCAGAAGUGGGUAGCUCUGCCCUGGACCUUUUCGAAUGCUAUGACACAAGGACAGAGUCAUGGCAGGUCAAAACUAGCAUGCUGAUGGCCCGCUUUAGCCACGGUUCAGUGGAGGCCAAUGGGCUCAUUUAUGUUUGUGGAGGGACGGUGGGUAACAACGUCUCUGGGAGGGUCCUCAACAACUGUGAGGUCUAUGACCCCAACACACAACAAUGGAGAGAUUUUUACAAGCUCCAAGACAAAUUUACAAGCGACAAAACACUUUUACAAGUCCAAAAACACUUUUACAAAUCCAAAUUUAACCUGAAAGGGAAUGUCCCAACUCCGGGGUUGAACCGGAAGUGACAACGAGGAGCGGCUAAUGCAACUUUUGGUUGUUGUUGAUGGUGAACCAAGAUGGACAGCGAGCGGGUGAUGUUUUGCCCGUUUUGUGGGGAACAUAUGAACCGAUUGACGC